GGUUUUCUUUGGUCCUUCUUUCUCUCUUUUUUUUGUCCCCUGUGUGGGUCGCAGAAGGUGCUAGUUUGGUCGCCAGCAAAUCAAUACUGCUAUUCACAAUCGACCUCCGUGUCAACCAAGCGAAAGACCUCUUAGACAGUGAAGCAGGCUGCUUACGGUCCUACUGAGUUGGUCAUGUUUGACAUUCUCAACAAUAUGAAGCGCAAAUCGAUGUCUUUCGUGCCAUCUUCUCAGCUGCCUGCCGUAUCCAGCAAGGUGUACGAUUCUCCUCCUCUGAAGAAGCGCAAAACUGAGGAGCAAACUCCCGAAGUAUCAGCUUCCUCCGCACCAAAAUUUCCACCCCACUUGUUGCCAUCGCCUAUUGGUUUAUCGAAUAUUUUCAGGAGUUCCGAAAACGAUCUUUACAGCGACACUAGGCGGCGGCAUAUCAUGCACCCUUAUACUAUACCGGACUCGCAAAGCUCCGGGAGCUCUCAAUCUCAGUCGCAAUCGAGUCAAUCCGCCCAAACCACCGAACAGCUUCUUUUACCAGUCGAAAAAGAACAGUCUCCUCAGAUUCUGUCGACCGAAUCACCAGCGCUGGCAGAUCGCUCUCUAGAUCAUGAUGAUAUGUCAUUCCGGCAAUCUACAUUAGGCAAACGUUUAACCCAUGUUUACCCUUCCGAUCAAUACCGGCCAUCGACAACAUGGAGUCAAGCCUCGACGUUCUCGCCGUCAGGCGGUGCGACCCCACUUUUGUCUUAUUCCUCUCCUGUUCCAACAACAGCGCUUUUACCUGCACGUCCCGGAACGCCCUCGUCGGUUCAGGACCUGGUUUCGCAGCCUGACUCGCGGUUUCCUUCCAACACCAAUCAAGCUCUUGGUGCCCAAUCUGUCCGAAUGAAUGCGGAGGCUGGUACCAGAUUUUUGUUACCCGAGCCGAGAAUAUCAAAUAAUACUCGUGGUGCAAAUCAUUGCCCGCCUCAGUUAGUAUCGUAUGGAACCAAUCCGAUUCCUUCCAGGUGGGAUGCGAUUGAGCUCCCAUCCUUGGAACGCGACAGCCUAUCUCGGCAUGUUGACUCGGCAUACGGAGGUCAUGUUCUUUCUAAACGCAAUGCUUCUCCAUUCAUGCAGGAUCGCAGUGUUCCUGCACCGCCAUCUGGUGGUGAUCCCUGCUCGCCCACGGCAUCGAACUUGCUGCACUCGGAUGGUGGGCAGAUCUCAUAUCCUCAUUCGAGAACUAGCUCGGCCGAAAGUCAAUAUGCCUCGGCGUCUUCAACAGCUUCAAAUCCUAUAUCACAGCCUAGCGCGUUGAGACCGACGCUACAAGUGAAGGAUGGUAGCGCUCUGUCUAGCCUUACUACACCUGCCAACGAUUAUCGCUUUUCCACAUCGCAUUACCAGUUUUCUCAAAGCAGCAAAGAGCGAAAUGAUAAUGUUGAAUUGUCAAGCAUACAAACCUCGUCACAAGACCUCACAGCGAGCAGUUCACAAAUCCCAGCGAAUGAUUCACCAAGACUGAUUUCAUCGAACCUGUCUCAGCAUCAUGCAGGCGCUACUUUUAUUUCCAACAAUUCGUCUGACUCGAGUUUUUCUGCGACAGCUGGACGCAGCUCUUCUGGGUUGAGUGGCCAUCCGGCAAUUCAUCGACUUGGUGGAGUAUCAGAAUCGUUGCAACAACGAAGACCAGCUAGAAGCACGUUAUCACUAUCGAGGCUAACUGGUCGACACUAUGACUCGGUGGAAGAUGAGGAGAUGAACUCCAGAUCACCCUGUAUGCUUGAGAUUGGUAGUGAUGGUCACCACGCCGGGUCUCCAUCACCCACAUUGUUAAGUCGGCCAGGUAACAGUGAACAAAGUUUUCGGUCGCGCUCAUCAUCGAGCAAUGCAUCACCGACUGUAAACUUGAGCGCCACAGAGCUUUCUACAGCUGUUCCUGUGGAUGACUCAUGUUCGAAGUGUGGCAUACGUGCGAGCGUGCUGGUUGAAUAUACCAAGGUGAAGGAAGAGCUACAGGCGAAGAAAAAGCAGUGGGAGUUUUAUUUUGCUGAAGACCAUAUGACUAAAAGCAAACUCCGAGAGGACGUCUUAGCUUUGAAGGCAAAUGAAUCCAAGGCGUUGGGGGAACGAGACAUAUUGAUUCAGGAACUGACGGGUAGAUUAGAGGCUCAGCAGCGGUACAUUGAUGAACUUCUUCAGAAAUGGGAAAUUCAGCGAGACAAGAUGUCGCACGGGGGCGGUGAUGCGGCUACUGUUGACGUCAAACGAAAGAUCAGUACUGAUUCAGCGAAGGAGGUAUCCGCCGCUGCGGCGGCAGCUGUGGUAGCCGCGGCCUCAGUGAACAGUCCACCGACCACGACUGAAGGAUCGACGGCCUCGGUGGCAUCUGAGAAUGCCUCUGAUUUGUCAGAUGAUUUCCAUGAUGCGACAUAUCUGAAGAAUCCAAAGAUGGGACCGCCCCAAAAGCAACAGGUGGAACUAGACGUAUCGAUCGGCAAGACAGGAAUAACCUCAGAGAAGUCUCAGGCUCAGGAGUCUGGCGGCUUAAGUGUGGUUGACUGCUCGGUUGGUUUACCGUUCGAAGUGACCGAUCAAGUGCUUGAUCCUGUUAUGCUUCGUCGGAAAGGGAGAUUCACAAGCCGGUCGCCCUUCCCAGCUGGAAUCCCGCUCAAAGGUGAUGCGAAAAGUAAAUCGUACCCGGAAAGCGGGGAGAGUGGGAAGCCAGUCCAGGUAUCACAAAGACCUGGGCGCAAGCAUCGUCAAAGACUGCUUUUUGAUGGCUCGAAUUUGAAAUCGCUUCACGUACAACGAGUCGGUCGAUUUGGUAAAAAAAUUGAAGAGGAUGACACGACAGAUCCGUUUGGACUGAUGCCCAAGAAUGCUGUACCGGUGUUGAAAGAUUUCACUCUUGGUUUCCGGGAGGGAGUUGUUGACUCCCGAUCGAAACGCUUACGACGGGGGAUGGUAGUCUACAAAGUUGGACGCAAAAUUCCAGGAGAAUUGAUUUAGUGGCUGGGAGGAGGGAGUUGUACGAGCUUGAGCUUGUGUAUUUUAAUGAUCUGUAUACUAAGGAUAGGAAGGUAAACUGCAUGUAAUUUUUUUCUCAAAUAACUUCUAAGAACGUAUAAAGAAACACCCUGUUAAUCCUAUAAUCAUCUGCA